GCUGAGAUUCUUUUGCUUGGGAUAGCUGUACGCUUUCCAUAUAAAUGACAGCACUGCAGUACAAGAAAAAAGACAUAUUAUUUCCAAAUACAAAAGUGAAACGGUGGAAAUCUAUGCGAAAAAACAUAAAUAAGUUUCGGUUUUCAUUAUAUUGUUUAUUUUAAGAAAAUGUUUAUGAAUAGAUUCGCCAGAACGUCUAAUCUUGUAACGCGACAUUUGUUAACUAUGCCAAAUUCACGUUUAAUGAGUUCUAAGAUGUUAAUUGAACAUAAUGAUCCUUGCACUAAUUACGAGACUUUAGCUGUUAGUUCACCAAAACCUUUUGUUUUCCAAGUUGAAUUGAAUAGGCCGCAACGUUACAAUGCUAUCAACAAGCAAAUGUGGAUGGAAAUAAAAAGUUGUUUUGAAAGUUUGAGCACAAAUUCAGAUUGUCGUGUUAUAAUUUUAAAAGCCGCUGGUAAACAUUUUACAGCAGGCAUUGAUUUAACCGAUAUGAUGCAGUUGGGUCAAGAACUCAGUGAAAUAGAUGAUGUGGCUCGUAAAGGAAUUUAUUUAGACCGCCUAAUUAAGCUCUAUCAGGAUUCGUUGAGUUCGCUCGAAAAUUGCACCAAACCUGUCAUCAGUGCAGUACAUUCUGCUUGCGUGGGCGCUGGUAUUGAUAUGAUAACAGCGUCGGAUAUACGCUACUGCUCAGAAGAUGCAUUCUUUUCGGUGAAAGAGGUUGACGUUGGCAUGGCUGCUGAUGUUGGUACCUUACAACGUUUGCCAAAAGCUAUCGGUAGCCAGUCGUUAGUACGUGAGCUAUGUUAUACUGGGAGAAAUUUUUCAAGCUCGGAAGCUUAUAACUGUGGUUUAAUUAGCAAAGUCUUUCCUAAUAGAAAUGAUUUGCUUAUAGGUGCUUUGGAAUUAGCAGAUAGCAUUGCCCAGAAAAGUCCUGUAGCGGUACAAGCAACAAAACAGAAUUUAGUGUAUUCGUUAAGCCGCACCAAUCAAGAGGGUUUGGAUCAUAUCCGAGAAAUGAACAAACUUUAUUUGCAAUCCGAAGAUUUGGCCAUUGGCGCAGCCGCCCAAUUAACGAAAGGAGAAAUGCCCGCAUUUUCUAAGCUAUAACUUAGCUAAGAUCAAAUUUUGAUAUUCUUCCUUUUUUUUUAUAAUAAAUCAUUUUGAAAAAAUU